AUGUUAUACGGCAAACUAAGAAUCCAUACAUGCAGGGUUAUCCUCAUAACCUCCUUAGUCUGGUUUUUGGUAGAUGUAGUGGUACUCUCCUUUUAUUCCGACUGUAUAGGAGGUGGUUGUAAAAAGGUUGAUAAUAUACAUGCAGAGGCUUUAGUAGAAGAUCCUAUUUUCAAUGAAAAAGAUCAGGAAGAUACCUUAAAUGAACCUCAAGAAGGAUGCCGUAGUAAAUCUUAUCCCAAUCUCCUUCCUACAACGUCAAUUGUUAUAGUUUUUCACAACGAAGCCUGGUCUACUCUGCUACGAACAGUAUGGAGUGUGAUCAACAGAUCGCCCAGACCUCUCCUGAAGGAGAUCAUUCUCGUAGAUGACGCCAGUGAAGGAAAGCAUCUAGGCAAGAAACUAGAGGACUACGUCGCAAAACUUCCAGUACCUGUUCACGUUCUCCGUACAGAGCGUCGGUCUGGUUUGAUAAGAGCUCGGUUGUUAGGUGCCAAGCACGUCAAAGGACAAGUCAUCACUUUUCUGGACGCUCAUUGCGAAUGCACGGAAGGAUGGCUGGAACCGUUGUUGGCGAGAAUAGUGGAAGAUCGCAAGACGGUCGUCUGUCCCAUAAUCGACGUUAUUUCUGACGAAACUUUCGAGUAUAUCACCGCAUCCGAUAUGACUUGGGGUGGAUUCAAUUGGAAAUUGAAUUUUAGAUGGUACCGUGUGCCGCAAAGAGAAAUGGAUCGAAGAGGAGGUGAUCGGACGGCUCCCUUAAGAACGCCAACCAUGGCAGGAGGUCUGUUUUCUAUCGACAAGGACUACUUCUAUGAGUUAGGGUCGUAUGACGAAGGAAUGGACAUUUGGGGAGGAGAAAACUUGGAGAUGAGUUUCAGGGUAUGGCAGUGCGGAGGCAUCUUGGAGAUCAUCCCUUGUUCUCACGUGGGUCAUGUAUUUAGAGACAAAUCCCCCUACACUUUCCCGGGCGGAGUGACAAAGAUAGUUCUGCACAACGCCGCCAGAGUGGCUGAAGUCUGGAUGGACGAAUGGCGAGAUUUCUAUUAUGCUAUGAAUCCAGGUUUGACUAGAAAAUUUUUUUGGGAGUGUUGUUUAUUAACGACGUCUUAUACAAAAUAG